AUGGUAGUAGCCAUGAACUCCGACCCGCCACGGAGGCGCUUUGCGCCCGAACCGAUUGAGACAACGUACAAAUCCCACCGCGCAGCACCACUGCCACCAGCUGGUGUUCGUGUCGGUCCCAACCCAGAGCUGACUCCGGAGCCGUCACCGCGAUCUCUGUCUCCAGCGUCUGCACAUCCCCGUAUUAGGCGGCGUUUCGCCCCGCAACUGAUUGAAAGCUCAAGAAGAAGUCGCCGCGUGGGAGAUCCCGGUCCGGCAACACGCCCUACCGACAAGACAGACAUCACGCCCUACACCAAUCACAUUUACACCGCAAAGGCCAAGUCCAAGAAGCGGCAUGAUGGCGUGAUAGCCGAGGAGGAGACUGUUCGGCGAAAGCAGCCAACUCGAAGAGAAACCGAGGAGGAAGAGGUCAAGGAAUAUUUGCUCGAACUCGCGGCAAAGGAGGCGGAAAGGCAGAUUCAGGAGGAUGCUCUGGCUGCUUUUCCCAACAGUCGUGCCCGGGAGGGUGGCGUUGCCCAUUUCUAUUUCCGAGAUGGUUCCAGCAGCGAGGAGUCCCAGGCCAUCAGCCCGGCGGAAGGCGACCGUGGGAGGCGUCGAUUGCGAAGGAAGACGUCGAGCCUUGACCUGACCUGGUGGCAGAGGCACAUGCAAGAGCAUGCAGAAAAGCUGGCCUACGAGAGGGAAGAUGCUGAAGAGACAGGAAAGAUGUUUGAGGACAUGGACAUGACAUCUGACUCGGAACUGGACAAGAUGGACCUAACGGUACCACCCGAUGCAAUGUGGACCACAAGCCGGCGCGCAUCAUUGGGGGACAGACGAGAUUCUGCAAGUAAACAGGCCGAGGCAAGGAAAUGGGCAGCCGCUAAGCAAAGCGAAGCCCUACAUGUAUUACGGGGCCCCGCCCCCGAAUCUACAACCCCCGACAGAUCUCAACCUCGUGCACAACAACACUACCUCCCACAGCAACAAUUACAGAAGCAGCCGCCGCAGCAGCAGCAACCGGCCAAUGACUUUGGCAUUCGACAUCAGCACGAUCCCUUCGGCCGCCCUUUCGCUGCCCUCGGCAUCCGGCCCGACGCUGCGCAGCUACAGCGCAUCCGCAAGUUUGUGUCGCCUCCAAUGCUGGGAAAGGAGCUCAACUUUCGCAAGUGCCCUUCGCCCAAGCAAACAAAGCUCGAGACGGACCACUCGUUUGUGCUGUCACAAAAUGCAAAACAGAAUCGGGACUUGUCGGGCAACGGUGGCCUGUGGAGAGGCUACUGCUGCAGGUCGGAAUCCACCGGCGGCUACCUGGUCCCGGCCGAGCUGCACCCGCCAGCCAUGAUGGCGACGCCCCGGACACCAGGCACCCCCAAAGAACUCUUUGAGCACGAAGUCGACUGCGUCUUGGCGGUGAGCGACGAGCCUGCCUCGCUCUGGGACGUGGCGACUGCGGCCGCGGACUCGCCCGGGAACCUGUCCGGGGCGUGCCACCCGGGCACGGCCGAGCACCGGCUCCGCAGCGGCGCGCCCAAGGGCCUGCACAUGCUCCACGGCCUCGACGAGCGGCUGCAGCAGGAAAAGGUCCGCGCCGAGCGCGACGACAAAAUUGCGCUCGAGUUUGGCGAUGAAUUCGUCACGCAGGUCUACAACUACCUCUCGCUCGGCUACCCGGCCAUGGCGCGCUCCUUUGACGCCGAGCUCUCCAAGAUGAGCCGCAUCAGCGUCGAGGACCUGUGCCGCGACGACGACAAGCAGCUCGCCAAGGGUCACAUGCUCGAGAUGAGCCUCGACGACACCCCCGAGGAGGACCGCUGCCCGCGCUGGAAGGCGCUGCGCGUGUACAUUGUCGAGUGGGCGCGGCAGCACCCGGAUCUCGACAACCUCAAUCCGCUGGCGUGGGGCGUGCACGAGCGACGAGGCAGCUGGGCCAUUUAA